CACGUGGGUGACGAUGCAGCGCCAACCCCUCUUCGGGGUCCCUUUUGUUGAACCAUCAAACAUAAGCACCUUUAGAGAUCCCGAGGGCUUCACAUGAGAAACAGUCUUCAUCCUGCGCACUGGGCGAUCUCAUCUCAGAUGUACAGACAUGUCGAGGUCUUUCUACGUUGAUUCUUUGAUUAUCAAGGAUACGGUGCGAACCGGAGCGACCGAGCAUCAGACCCAGGACUUCCUGCUUCCCAUCAGCGUGCACUCUCCAAGCGUAAUGACGGUCACCACUCCGAUGUGCCCCUCCAGGAAGAACGGGACUUUCUGCGUUUGCCCGCUGUGUGUCACAUCGCACAUCCAGUCUUCUCGCGGUGGUAUUCCUAUACUGAAGAGUCAGUUUCCAGGUAUGGAGACACCGUACUGUCAAAGGCUAUCGCAGCAGCAGCCUUCUGCGCUGGCGCAUUCUGGACACACACCUGUCUGCACGCCCACCUUUGGCGUCACAGAUCCCAGGAGAUACCACUGCCUUUCCAUCGGAGGCUCCACCGAAAACACCCACCUACAGAACGGCAAAAGGAUGCGCACGGCUUUCACAAGCACGCAACUCCUGGAGCUGGAAAGGGAGUUUUCUACAAACAUGUACCUGUCAAGACUUAGACGGAUUGAGAUCGCUACGUAUCUGAACCUGUCUGAGAAGCAGGUGAAAAUCUGGUUUCAGAACCGCAGAGUAAAGCACAAGAAAGAAGGUAAAGCCACGCAAAGGAGCGCGCACGGCGGCUGUAAGUGCGCCAGCACUCACACGAACUAUUCCAGGUCGGAGGAUGAAGAAUCUUUAUCUCCAGUCUCCGCAUCAGAGGAGAAAGAAGUUUCACCAAUAUAAAAAAUGAAAAAAAAAAAAAA